AUGUUCUACUCUGAAGGACUCUGCCUCAGUGUGAUGUUCUACUCUGAAGGACUCCCCCUCAGUGCGAUGUUCUACUCUGAAGGACUCCGCCUCAGUGUGAAGUUCUACUCUGAAGGACUCCGCCUCAGCGCGAUGUUCUACUCUGAAGGACUCCGCCUCAGCGCGAUGUUCUACUCUGAAGGACUCCGCCUCAGCGCGAUGUUCUACUCUGAAGGACUCCGCCUCAGUGUGAUGUUCUACUCUGAAGGACUCCGCCACAGUGCGAUGUUCUACUCUGAGGGACUCCGCCUCAGUGUGAUGUUCUACUCUGAAGGACUCCGCCUCAGUGCGAUGUUCUACUCUGAGGGACUCUGCCUCAGUGUGAUGUUCUACUCUGAAGGACUCCCCCUCAGUGCGAUGUUCUACUCUGAAGGACUCCGCCUCAGCGCGAUGUUCUACUCUGAAGGACUCCGCCUCAGCGCGAUGUUCUACUCUGAAGGACUCCGCCUCAGUGUGAUGUUCUACUCUGAAGGACUCCGCCUCAGUGCGAUGUUCUACUCUGAGGGACUCCGCCUCAGUGUGAUGUUCUACUCUGAAGGACUCCGCCUCAGUGCGAUGUUCUACUCUGAGGGACUCUGCCUCAGUGUGAUGUUCUACUCUGAAGGACUCCCCCUCAGUGCGAUGUUCUACUCUGAAGGACUCCGCCUCAGUGCGAUGUUCUACUCUGAAGGACUCCGCCUCAGUGUGAUGUUCUACUCUGAAGGACUCCGCCUCAGUAUGAUGUUCUACUCUGAAGGACUCCGCCUCAGUGCGAUGUUCUACUCUGAAGGACUCCGCCUCAGUGUGAUGUUCUACUCUGAAGGACUCCCCCUCAGCGCGAUGUUCUACUCUGAAGGACUCCGCCUCAGCGUGAUGUUCUACUCUGAAGGACUCCCCCUCAGCGCGAUGUUCUACUCUGAAGGACUCCCCCUCAGCGCGAUGUUCUACUCUGAAGGACUCCCCUCAGCGCGAUGUUCUACUCUGAAGGACUCCUCAGGCGUGUUCUUACUUGAAGGACUCGCUCAGCGUGAUUUAGGUUCUACUCUAGACUCCCCUCAGGUGAUGUGUCUAAUCUAA